UGGCCGGGACGGAGCCCAGACACCCGUACGGAGGAGUUCAGGUUGGGGCAGCUAAUAAGAUCAGGUAGGAAGAAAUGCCCCCUUCCCAGGUCCCCCCCUCCUGCCCCAUACUGGGGCUAGAGUGGCUGGGAGCCAGGUGCCUGCUGGUGUCUCCGUUUGUUUUGCAGCGAGGAGAAGGUUCAGCCUGGGAGCCGCUGCAUCACGGGAGGGACUGGAGCCCAGACAAAGGCCUCUCACCCCAGAGCUAAUGGGACAGGGGGAAGGACAAAGACCCCCGCAGGGAGGCAAAGUGUGGAAAGGCUCAGAGUUCAGGGCUGUGGAUUGGGAAAACCUCCAGCAGCCCAGCGGUGCUGGGAAACCCAGUGAAAUUCGGAGCUUCUCAGAAAGGAAGGACAAUGCAGCGGUUGUGGCGCCAGGAAUCACUGGAAGUCGUGGUCCUAAGAGGCUACUGUACCGCAGGGCCCAAAUGGACAAAGGGGUGACGGCCAUGGAAGAUGUGGGCCACGCCUCCAGGGACGAGGCACCAGCUCCGGCUACCGGAAUGAAGAACCGAACAACAUCCCAGCGGUUCCCGGCUGACGUCCCUCGCGGCGUGUCCCCACUGUCCCUUCUCCGUACGGGCAUGGCUCCUUCCCGGCCCAGUUUGGCUCCCUGGCUUGCCUUGUCCACAGAUGUUGAUAGCUUGGCAGGUCCUCAGCUGUGGUCCCCAGAUGAUAUUUUCUGUUGUGAAUUACUGGUUGGUAACUUCCUCUGUUUUCAUUUUCCUUUCUGGCCACGCCUCCAGGGACGAGGCUCCAGCUCCGGCUCCCGGGAUGAAGAACCAGAUGACAUCCCGUGGUUCCCGGCUGCCGUCCCUCACGGCGAGUCCCCACUGCCCCUUCUCCGUACGGGCAUGGCUCCUUCCCGGCCCGGUUUGGCUCCCUGGCUUGCCUUGUCCACAGAUGUUGAUAGCUUGGCAGGUCCUUAG